AUGGAUGACUUGGUGGAGCAAGGGCGCCCCCCGGGGGAUCCUCCGGACAUGACGGGCUCGUGGGUGAAGAAGGUUACGGGUUCGAAUGCUGGAGGGAUGCCAAAUCCGGAGGAACUGAUCGAUGAUGCGUUCGUUUCAGAGAGAGUCAGGCUGGAACUUCCGAAUGGAGAAGAGGGGGAGCCGGUGAUCACUAUUGAACAGGAGGUGCUGGAAGCCAUGAAUGGACUAUGGAAGCACUGUAUGAUCGUGAAAGUUUUGGGGAGGGUUACUUCAAUUGCGGCUCUGAUCAGGAAGCUUCGUGAGAUGUGGAAGCCAAAGGGUUCGAUGUACGUAAUGGACCUUCCGCGACAAUACUUUAUGAUAAGGUUCGGAGAUGAAGAUGAGUACUUGGCGGCGCUUGCAGGGGGACCUUGGAGGGUUUUCGGGAGUUACCUUGUGGUACAAGCAUGGACACCAUCUUUUGAUCCUCUAAGCGAUGACAUCGUGACGACCCCUGUGUGGAUACGAUUGGCAAAUAUCCCUAUCAAUUUCUAUCACAAAUCCAUCUUGAUGGGAAUUGCUAAGGCGUUGGGAAAACCGGUUAAAGUGGAUUUAACGACUUUGAACUUCGAAAGGGCAAGAUUCGCCAGGAUUUGUGUUGAGGUGAACCUGCAGAAACCUUUGAAGGGCUCGAUAUUAAUCAAUGGGGACAGAUACUUUGUAUCAUAUGAAGGUCUACCGCAAAUUUGUUCAAGCUGUGGGAUGUUUGGUCAUUUGGUGCAUAUGUGUCCGAAGGUUAUUCAAGAGCGUGCAGCCAUUGAAAGGGCUUCUCAAGAACAGAGAAUCAUAUCGGUGGAUGUACACCAGAGUAUCAACGGUAAUCCGGGUCGAACACGUCAGGCAGAUGACGGUUUCACGCCGGUGCGUAACAAAUCUGGGAAGAGGGGAGAAAGCUCGAGGAGUAAGACGGCGGCAGGAAACCAAAGAGAGGGUUCCGGUCGAAAUCUCCGGGAGAUCCCUCAAAAUAAGGAAACUCCGAAUAUUUUGGUAUCAAACAGUUUUGGAAGAUUGAUGGAGGAUUUGGAAUCUCCGGAGAUAAGGCAAGAAGCGGUUGGUCAAGGCGAGAAUAAGGAGAAUGAGAUUAUUAAGGAAAAUGCGAAUAUUCAGAUUCACAAAAAUCAGACGAUGAGUGUAAAUCGCGAAUCUGGGGUGAUUUUUUCGGCGGGAAACUCAAAUGAGACUCGGCCCAAGGUUAAUCCACUGGCAGUAAAAAAGAAUGGGGGGAGUUACAAAGGCCCGGACAAUAAAAUCACAAAGCCCAAAUCAGUUGUGAAGUCGAGGCCCAUGAGAGGGCUUGUGUUUGGCCCAACCGGUGGAGGGAUCGAAUUGUCGAGCAACGGGAAACGAUUGAGAGUUGAGAAGGAGAACCUGGGGAGAGCUGGUGGUCCCUUUCUACAGGAUUGCUCCGUUAGGAUAGAUGGUGAUCUUCCCCAAUUGGCUGAGGGUUUCACGGAGUCGAACCCGACCAUGGGCGUGGUGGAUGCGAAUUUGGAGAAAGAUGCAGGUAUGCAGGAAGCUCCAUUGGAGACAACGGAGUCUCAUGAGGCAUAA